UUUGCCUCAGGGGCAGAUAUAAAAGGGGAAGAGCCUCCACUGAGCCGCCGUGUCACUGCCACCCCUUCUCCGCAAAACACUGACCUACCGGAUCAUCAAACAUGGUGUCGUCGUUCGCCCUCAAGGCCAUCACGGCCUUCCUCGCCGCUUCCCCUGCCUCGGCAUGGCUCAUUGGCAAGGAGCAGACGGAAACCCACCCCAAGAUGCAGUGGAAGCGAUGCACUGGCAAGGGCGGCAGCAGCUGCACCAACGUCAACGGUGAGGUCGUCAUCGACGCUAACUGGCGCUGGCUCCACGUCAAGGACGGCUACGCCAACUGCUACGACGGCAACAAGUGGAACACAACGGCCUGCGCAACCAACGCCGACUGCACCAAGAACUGCGCCAUCGAGGGCGCCGACUACAGGUCCACCUACGGUAUCUCCACGGGAACGGAUUCGCUGACGCUCAAGUUCGUCACCAAGGGCCAGUACUCGACCAACAUUGGCUCGCGUCUGUAUCUCAUGAAGGACUCGAGCAACUAUGAGAUGUUCAAGCUCAUCGGCAACGAGUUCACCUUCGAUGUAGACCUGUCCCAGCUUCCUUGCGGUCUCAAUGGAGCCCUCUACUUCGUUUCCAUGCCUCAGAAGGGCCAUGGCCAGCCCGGCGCCAAGUACGGAACUGGGUACUGCGACGCCCAGUGCGCCCGUGACUUGAAGUACAUCAACGGCGAGGCCAACGCCGAAGGAUGGCAGCCGUCGUCCAACGACCCCAACGCCGGCAUCGGCAAAAAGGGCGCCUGCUGCGCCGAGAUGGACGUCUGGGAAGCCAACUCCGUCUCCACGGCCCUGACACCGCACUCGUGCCAACCCGAAGGCUACUCCGUCUGCGAGGACGACGGCUGCGGCGGAACCUACUCGCUCGACCGCUACGCCGGCUCGUGCGACGCCAACGGCUGCGACUUCAACCCCUUCCGCGUGGGCGUCAAGGACUUCUACGGCAAGGGCAAGACGGUCGAUACCUCCAAGAAGAUGACCGUCGUGACGCAGUUCAUCGGAUCGGGGAACAAGUUGACGGAGCUCAAGCGCUUCUACGUGCAGAAUGGAAAGGUCAUUGCCAACCCGGAGCCGCAGAUUGAAGGCAUGACUGGCAACAGCAUCACCCAGGAAUGGUGCGACCGCGAGCAGCAGAUCUUCCAGGAAGAGAUCUACCCCUUCAACAAGUGGGGCGGCAUGGCCUCCAUGGGCAAGGGCAUGGACUUGGGCAUGGUCCUCGUCAUGUCGCUCUGGGAUGACCACUACGCCAACAUGUUGUGGCUCGACAGCAACUACCCCACCGAUGUGGACGCAUCCAAGCCUGGUGUCGCUCGCGGCGACUGCGACAUCUCCUCCGGUGUGCCCGCCGAUGUCGAGUCGAAGAGCCCGAAUGCCCAGGUCACCUUCUCCAACAUCAAAUUCGGCCCCAUCGGCUCUACCUUUGCUCAGCCCGCCAACUCUUAGAUUGUUGCUGCCGAGGGUAUGGUGA